GAUGGAGCUGACCCUGGUGGGGCUGCAGUACUCGGGCAAGACCACCUUCGUCAACGUGAUCGCGUCAGGACAGUUCAAUGAAGACAUGAUCCCGACAGUGGGCUUCAACAUGAGGAAGAUCACCAAAGGGAACGUUACCAUAAAGCUCUGGGACAUCGGCGGGCAGCCGCGGUUCCGCAGCAUGUGGGAGCGAUACUGCCGUGGAGUGAGUGCCAUCGUGUACAUGGUGGAUGCUGCUGACCAGGAGAAGAUCGAGGCCUCCAAGAAUGAACUGCACAACCUGCUUGACAAGCCGCAGCUCCAGGGCAUCCCGGUCCUCGUCCUGGGGAACAAGCGGGACCUGCCCGGUGCCUUGGAUGAGAAGGAGCUCAUUGAGAAGAUGAAUCUCUCUGCCAUCCAGGACCGAGAGAUCUGUUGCUAUUCCAUCUCCUGCAAAGAAAAGGACAACAUCGACAUCACCCUACAGUGGCUUAUCCAGCACUCGAAGUCCAGGCGAAGCUGAGGUCCUGUGGCCUGGCUCGGAUUGGGAAGAUGCCAUUGUACAAGCCCGUGCCCCUCUCUCCUGCUCUGUCCCUCCAGCUCUCUCUCUAGAUGGGUAUUUUUAGGGGACCCCAGGCUCUGUUCACAUUGGGGCAGAGUCCUUGUUUUUAUUGUAAAGAARAUGUCYGACUGCCCUCCUCUCCUCUCCUGCCCUCUCUCUCUCCCUCCAUUUUGGCACUGUUCUGUUGUUGUCCGUGUAUACAGUAUAUAUAUAUAUGUAUAUAUAUUUUAAUUUUUUAAUUUAAGGGAUAGUGCUGUUAUUAAACUGGGCCCUGUGAGUGGUAAGAAAGCUGGGGCUCCCCGAGGCCAGCCAAGGGUCAGCUCUGGGAGGAAGAGGAGGGUGGUAGCAGAAGGCAGCCCUUGGGGAUGGGACUGUGCCAGCUGCAGGCAAGUCCCCUGAGGGUCCCUCUCCCCUUCUUUGGGGGUMCUGCUGCUGCCUCCAAGCAGAGACCACCCUGGGGGUGCUGGGAGUGCCCACCUGCCCUGCCUGCCUUGGGGUGGGAGGGUGCCAGUGCCACCUGCUGGCUCCUCACUCCUCUGGGGACAGGGGACAGGAAUUAGGCACAAGCCACUGCGAUCAGCCUUCCCCUAUUGCCUCCAUUUCCCCAACCCCUCUUUUGGGCCCAGGACCACUCGUCCCCCUGCCCCACAUGUCCCCUGCUCAUGUGCCUGGGCCGAAUGCUGCCCACUGCCCAGCCUGGCAGCUUGGGGGAUGGUCUGGGGCACUGACACCAGUGCUGGGGGCCCAGCAGUGCCAGUAGCCCCUGGGGGAGCGGGGGGCUGGCACCUGCCUCCCCCCUGUCCUGGGGCUGGCUCAGUCCCUGAGCCCUCAGGACAGCUGUGCUGGCUCCCCACAUGCCAAGUGGCAUCGCCUGUGCACGGCUGGGGCUGCUGGCUCUGCCCCGGCCAGGGACAUCCCUUGGGGUGCUGGAGAGUAGGGACAUCUGGAGACACACUCAGAGCAUCUGUGCACCCUCAGUGCUGCCCACCUGAUCCAGAGGGAUGUGCCCUGUGACUCUUCCUCAUGUCCUGCUCCCCAAUCCUGCUCCCUGUGCUCUGCUCCCCAUUCCCUGGUCCCCAUUCCUGCUCCCCAUGCUUGUUCCACGUUCCUGUUCCCCAUACUCUGCUCCCUGUGCCUGCUCCCCAUUCCUGCUCCCCAUUCCCUGCUCCCCAUUCCUGCUCCCCGUGCCUUCCUCUUCAUUCCCUGCUCCCCAUUCCUGCUUCCCAUUCUCUGCUCCCCAUGCUUUUUCCAUAUUCCUAUUCACCAUACUCUGCUCCUUGUGCCUGCUCCCCAUUUCUGCUCCCCAUGCUUGUUCUCCAUUCCCUGCUCCCCAUUCCUGCUCUCUGUUCCUGCUCCCCAUUCCGUGCUCCCCAUUCCUUGCUCCCGAUGCUUGUUCCACGUUCCUACUCCCCAUUUCCUGCUCCCCACCCCUUCUCCCCACUCCCCAUGCUACCCCCUGCUCUGCCCAGGCUGGCAGACACUGGAGCCGUGGGGCAGGGGCAGCAGGGCCCUGGGGCCAGCGGUCAGGGCUGUGUCUGCAGAGGCUGGAGGACUGGGAGCCCUGUGGGGUGGGAAGGGCUGUGGCUGUGCCAUGUCUGUGCCACUGGUGGGAGCUCUGCAGGAGCAGCCUGGGGUGGUUUGGGGGCACUCGGCUGGCACUGGAGGGUGCAGGGGGAGGCAGCUGCCCAUCCCAGCACAGGGCUAGGGUGGGGAUGGCCAGGGGGGCUGCAGGGCCCCUCUCAGCCYCUUCCUGCUGAGCUCCAGGAUGUCAGGCCGGGAAUUUAUCUUCUGUUCUUGUUUUUGCAGAAUUGCACAAAGAGAGGUUUCCUUUUGUUGUUUUGGUUUUUUUUUUUUUUAAUUUAAUGACUUGUAAAGUGUUGUCACCCCCCUCCCCCCCUUUUUUUUUUUUUGUAAGAGAUAUUUUGACUCAGAUUUGACCUCUGUUGGGAAAUGAUUCUUGUAACUGUACAAUUUUUUUGCCUCCUAAUAAUAAAUUAACAAUUUUGCGU